UGCCACGUCAGACAAAGUGCCACGUCAGCAGUGCCACGUCAGCAGUGCCACGUCAGCAGUGCCACGUCAGCAGUGCCACGUCAGCAACAUGACGGGCCUGCCAGGCCAACUGGCCAAUGAGCCCAUUGCCGACUACAWAAAGCRCGUCCAUGCUCAGCUCGCUGCAAUCGAGGCUGAGGAACAACGCCAGCUGGCAGUCAAGGCUGCCCAGCUACAGGCUGAUGAAGCGGCAACAGCAGAGAAGCUGCGGCUACAGGCCGAAGCAGACGCAGAUGCCCAGGCUCGCCGCAAGGAAGCCCAGGCUCUGCUGCAGCGGCAUGAAGCCAACAGCAUCGAGAAACUCAAGUACUGGCACUUUGAACCAAACGACGACGAGCCAACACCGGAAGAGCAGCAUAAGGAGUUCAUGGCCAAGCUCGUGAGCAGGUUGGUUUACACAUGUAACCACCUACAGUCCGAGCUGGCAAACCUCCAGCGGGCCGUGCGGAACCAAAAGACUCAGCACGAGGAUGCCACACGGGCACUGGACGCCCGUGUACAUGACUUGGAACAAGUUCCACCAAGACAAGAUGCUGGAGAAGUUCCACCAAGACAAGAUGCUGGAGCUUCCAGCAGUGCAUCCUCUAGCCGCCAACUGGAGGAACGCGUUGACCACGUAGUGGCAAUGCUCGGCGACAUCAGCACCUUUGCUGCGCCAACCACCGUCAGCAGUCAGCUGCAUACCUUGAAGACCGAGUUCCAGCAGCUGCAGUCAGCGAACGCGGAUGAUAAUCCGAAGAUGUACAAGAUGUCAACUUUCCAACUGGACAAGUUCGACGACUACGCACAGCAGAAUCCGACCUGGUUGAGCCACCUGGCAACCUCUCAUGGCGUCGACGUACCGAACUUGAAGAAUAAAAUCACAUGGGAGGAACUGACACGGCUGUGGAAGAAGCGGUUCAUCGUCGACGAUGCGCCGGCUCUUGCCAUCAACCGUCUGUUCACCAUGUCACAAGGCAACACUGCAACACGGGAUUGGCUCACGGAGUGGCAGAAGAUUGCGGCGGUGCCCAAUCUGGAAUUGGCAUUCACGCAUCUACGCCGUGAGUUCUACAGCAGGUCCUGUGCUGCAUUGAGCCAGGCUCUUGGUGAUCGCGAGCAGUACUCAACCUUUGCCGAGAUUAUUGACAAAGCAAGGGAGAUCAUCAAGACCAACAGGUCAGCUGCACACGAGAAGUCACCAUGGCAGCCGACCUAUGUGGAGAAGGUACGAACUGGUCCGCGACAGCAGCACUUCGCUGCAGUCCAGCAGGACAGUGGAGAUAACCCAGCAGCCACUCCAACAUCAAGUGACGGAGAUCAGGUGGCUGCUAUCCAGCCGCGAAGCAACAACAAGUCCCGCAACAAUGGGAAGGCGAAAUCCGCAUCGCAGGCAGGAAAUGGACAGCCAGUACAAGUUCCAUGGGUCAAGUUUGGCUUGACCGAGGCGGAGUACAAGCUCGGGAAACUGAGCUCCGCGGAAGGUGAGGCGACUCCACCUUCUACUCCGCCAGAUUCGGCCGCCUUGCUAGCGGCCUCCUGCACAUCUGGGGAGAACGCGAAUGUCGCAAGUUCUCGUUACACUUACGAGGACUAUGUUGUCCACUUGGUUCCACCGCUGGACCAACCGCUCCACGUGCAACAAUCUACCGCAUGCACGGUUUCAUCACCAUCGGCAACCGAUUCGGCAGCUUCGCCACCAUCUAUCGUCGGGGAUUCAUCGUCGUGGUCAAGACUUGAGGUGCUCGACCCAUUGACGUUCACGGACUUCCUGUGGAUGCCCGUUCCCCCGACCGGAAGAUUGCCGAAACCGCAUUGCAAUCUGCUCAUGGCACAACUGCGAGAUUACUUGCACACUGCAGUACCGACUCUGUUGAUGGACGCCGGAGUAGAGGUUGUCGACCUUCACGUUUACAUCGCGAAGAUCGACCGCGAGUUCAAGACGCAACGGUACGAUGACAUUGACGCACCAUUGCUAUACGUACGCAUUCAGAUCGGAGAGGCGACCUGCAGUGCCUUGAUCGAUUGCGGCACAUCUCGCAACUACAUCAGCCAGGACUUCAUGGUGCGCGCCGGCCUUGGCCCACGCGUCUGGAGGAAGCCCCAGCCUACGCAAGUCACAUUGGCGGACGGUCACACGCACAAGUCAAUCGACUGGUGCAUUGACAGCGUCCCAGUGUACUUUGCCCCUCACGCAAGUGAGGCGGUGUCCUUUGACAUUCUGGACACCAAAUUCGACAUGAUCUUGGGCAUGUCAUGGCUGCGAAGCAAGGAUCACCCCGUGAACUUCUUCACCCGCACCGUUCACGUUCGUGACCGGAACGGAGUAUUAGUUCCAUGCACGGUGCCUCUUCCUCAUCCUUCGAUCAGCUGCCACAUGGUAUCCGCUGCAAGCAUGCGAGCUUCCAUCAUCAGAGACGACAUCGAGGAGGUGGGGGGGUGUUUUCUCCACGCCCUCCCGCCCCAUGACGCUUCAUCGACGGACUCACCUUCGGAUCCACGCAUCACCGAACUUCUCGACACCUGCAGCGACGUGUUCGAAGGCCCGCACGGAGUAAUACCGGAUCGACCCAUCCGCCAUGAGAUCAUCCUCGAGGAAGGGGCCGUACCUCCACGCGGUUGCAUCUACCGAAUGAGCGAGGAAGAGUUAAGUGUGCUCCGCGCACAACUCGACGACCUUCUAGAGAAAGGCUGGAUUCGGCCUAGCUCAUCGCCAUACGGUACCUCGAAGACGAAGCGCUGCAGGUAAGUCUCCCUGGCCUCUUCCCAAUCUCUCUCUCUCUCUCUCUCCAGUACUACUCUAGCUCCUAAAAUUGCCCCACCUUAUAUGUUGUCCUCUGGCUUCUGGAAUAGCUACAUGAACCAAAUGUCCAGACCAAGCCAAUGAACUAACUCCAAAAAG